CAUGGCUUGAGAAUAGCAUGUUUACUUGGUACAGUAGAGCACUCUCCCGACGACCUAUUCUGGUCCAGUGUAUUACCACAGCAUUCCUGUUUGGCACAGGUGAUGUUAUUGCUCAACAAGCGGUCGAAAAAAGAGGCUUUGAACAUCAUGAAGUAUCGAGAACUUUGCGUAUGGCAGGGUUCGGCGGUGCAGUGGCUGGUCCCGUGUUGAGUACUUGGUACCGCUUUAUUGAGCUCAACGUGAAAGGAUCAACACCUCUCAAUGCUCUUGUAAAGAAGGUAGCAGCGGAUCAAUUGCUUUGUGCACCUAUAUUCAUCGCAGGCUUCUUCUCGGCACAAGGUCUUCUUGAAGGAAAAUCCAUUGCCCAAAUCCAAGAGAAACUAGAAAACGGAUAUACAACGGCAGUUUUGGCAAACUACAAAAUCUGGCCAGCUGUUCAAUUUGUCAACUUUUACUUUACGCCCCUGAAUCAUCGACUCAUGGUAUCGAACGUUAUUUCGCUUGGCUGGAACGCUUAUCUUUCUUAUAUGAACCAGCAAUCAUCAUCAGCCCCUUCUUCUUCUGAUGCGCAUUUAGAAGUGCAGUCGUCGUCUACUGCUCCAGUUGAGGAAUUAAAACAAGUUGCUUAGGUUCCAAUUGAUCCAUUGAAGAAGCUCGAAUAUAUCUAAUAGUGUAGAAAUAUCUUUUCCUUCGUGUAUAUGUGUAUAUGUAAAAUGUAAAUAAUGAAACCUUCUGAGCGGGUAGUUUCAUUUGCUACCCAUAACUUAUCAGCCUGAGUGCGUAUAGUGAGGAAAAGGAAGUGACCCAAAGUCAAAAGGCAGGCCAAAACAGUAAGCCUCGG